CAUGGUGCUGUAAAAUUUGUUCUUUCAGUUGGUUCGCGAAUUAUGGCCGAUGUGAGUUGUUGCACGUUUGCAUUCUGAUUGGAAAAAGGAACAGAAUCAGCAGUAGCGCUGUGUAAUGAGCGAGAUAUAAAGGAUAACAAAGAAUAUAGAGACCAAUGAGUGUGCAGACAAAGGAUAUAGGAAUGAGGAAAUGUUAAAAAAUAAACACAAACUUAUGUUUGAAAAUCGCUCAUAAUUGGCAAAAAUCAACGCUUUUGAGAAUUGUUUGACCAAGAAAAAAAAUCUAAAAUGUCUGUGGUAUAGUGGAGCAAUAUUGUGUAAGAGUUACUUUUACGUUUUGCAACUUUGUUGGUCUAAUCGACCGAAGCACUGCUUCCAUAGUACAUUGAGUGCAUCGCGUGAUUGGCAAUUCGGCUGUUAGAGUUGGUGCACAUGGUGGGUAACACGGUGCAGCGCGCUGACUAUUUUUAACAAUUCUUUAGAAAACAAAAAAGGCCGGAGCUUGGGAAUUUGUUUUUAGCUCAGGGUGGGCGUGAAAACAAUAAAAGCGUGCGUAACACACAUUCACUUUUUUGCCGGCUGCAGAUCACUACGAAAUACAUAAUCCACUUUUACUUUCGAUUUGGAUGCCACAGUGGUUUUUUGGCAAAAGCAACACGCUGAGUUUUUGUACUAAAAUAUUGCAUUUAUCUGGUCCUCACUUUGUGUCGAGAUAUUAAAAAUCAAUUAUAAAACCUUCACCUACAUAUUUAUGUACAUAUGUAUUUAUGUAUGUACAUAUGUAUGUAUGUCCAUUAACACCGCAAUAAGAAAAAUCAACAAAAACUAAAACGCUGAUAAAAUAAUCUUGAAACUGUGAUAGCCAAGGUAAUCAACUUUAGUGCUGCCAUUUACAAGCGUAAAAAAUAUUUAAUUUUUCUGAAGUACCAAAAAGCGCAGAAAUGGUCACCGAAUCGCAGUGUACAACCGAAACUGUUUUUGAUUACAGUUGGAAACAGGUUGUACAAGCGUACUGGAAUCGCUAUCCCAACCCGUCGAGUACACACGUUUUGACGGAAGAUACUAUUAAAAGAGAAGUGCGGGAUGGCAAACUGUAUUCACGCCGCCUGUUUUCCAAAACCAAUCCAGUGCCAAAAUGGGGACAACGAUUUUACAAUAACGCGCCCGUGCGAAUAGUGGAAGAUUCUGUAUUGGAUCCAAAAAAGAAAACACUGGUCACAUUUACCCGAAAUAUUGGAUUCAAGAAAAUAAUGAAAGUCGAUGAAAUCGUUGAAUAUAGUGAACAAAAAGAUGGACGCACUUUAGCUGUGAGGCGUGCGUACAUAAGUUCGCAAGUGUUUGGCUUCUCACGUGCCAUAAGAGUCUUCGGCGUUGAACGCUUUAAAUCGAAUUGCAACAAAGCGGCGAGCGGCUUUAAUUAUGUACUACGAAAUAUGUUUCCUAAACAUGCUGCUACGACUAAUGCAACCAGUACGACUUCUACAGAAGGUGUUGUUGAAAAGGCGUCUACAGCAGGAAGUAACCAAAUACAACAGGCAACAGUAAAUAAAACUGAAGCCCUUAAAACGGCGAGCAUAGCUGGUUAUGAGUAUCUAAAGAAUCAUGCUGUUAAAUUGGCACAGUUGUUUUCAAUUAAAAGUUGAUAAGCGAGCUGGAUUAAAGCAAAACGCGUAAUGCGUCACUUUCAUGGUGGCGGGAAAUAUGCGACCCGUUAAGGAAACCAGUUCCCUAUAGGUCGCCUUUUCAAUACAUAUAAGCGUAAUAGUGUACAUGAAACACCUAAGUAGAAAUAUUACGUUAACAAUUUGUUGUUGGAACAAGCAUUGAGUGGAUGGAUUUAAACUUUGGAGCUGGCUUGGGGCUAUAUUUUUUACAUGCAUAUUAUCUCUUCCGGCAGCCAUAAUUUGUAUAGUGCAUAAAAUUAUAAUGGAAGCAAGUUUCUUCUUUCAAUAUUUUUUCUUCAUUCCAACUCAAUAUUCAUAAAAGCAUACGCUCAUCAGGUUAGAGGUGCUACAUAGUAUGUAAAAAUAUGAUUAGAAACUUAAUGUAUGUACUUUUAGCUACUUUUAAGGCAGCCGUUCAUUAUAUCUUAUUCCAAUCAAUCCCUUCAAUAUAAUGCAGAAACCUAAUUUAAAAAGGUGUAUUCGAAAUGACGCAUUUUAACUUCAACUAAAAUGGUUUGAUUCUGAACAUGUUUGACAAGAAACAAAAUAAAUAUAUAUAUAUAUUGCAAAAUAAGAAUAGUUAAUAUAUUUUAUAGUAGUGUAAAUACGUAUGUAGAGUACAGUUGACUUGCACAGAACUAAUAAAUUAUUGGCAAGCAUGGCAUAUAAA